AGUAAAAUUUGAGCACGAUAAGGCAAGCCUAAAGCGGAGCAAUAUGUAAGCACAUAUUUUAGGGAUAAUAAUUGUAAAUAAACAAAUACUUUUGUCAUAUUUUAAAUUGCCUUCUGAAAUGAUUCAAUAAUAUCACUACCUUUUGAUCCGUACCUAUUUAAUAGCCUGACUUAUCCAGCAUUAAAGUGAAUUUGUUUCGGCCACAAAUUUUGGUUGGAAAAAUUAGAAAUAAUUGGGAUUCGAAGCCCAAUGGACUCUUUCUAACCCAUAUAGUUUGGUGGGUAAUUUUAGUUAAGCACAAAGUUUUAGCCCAACUGCAUUAAAAUGAUGGUGCCUUAGGCCCAUUGCUAAUUCCUUGAUAAAACUGAAAUUACAUAAUACACUAUCUCACACAAAAAUCUUUAUUCAACGGUUAUUCAAAACUCAAACCCAACUCUCUCCCUCCGCUAGCAUGAUAGCGGGAGAUAUUUCUGUCUCAUCUCCUUCCCCUUUCAGCUUCUAUGGCCAAGCAAGACUGUCAGCAUCGUCCUCUCUUCUCAUGGGGGGCCCACUCAGCGCUUCGCCUCCCUACACCCACAGUGCAAAGUUGAUGAGACGGCUUGUUGUUUAUUCGAAGAGAAUAUCAGGCUUGGAGGAGGCCAUCAGAAUAAGAAGAGAGCGUGAGCUUCGAACUUCAACUACGUCCAAAAGACGGCCUCCUUUGAGGCGUGGAAGGGUAUCACCAGGAUUUCCUGUCCCUGAUCAUAUUCCUAGGCCUCCUUAUGUAGGUACAAAAUUGUUGCCGGACAUUGCAAAGGAGCAUCAAGUUCAUGAUUCUGAAGGCCUUGCUCGCAUGAGGGCUGCAUGUGAACUUGCUGCUCGGGUGGUAGACUAUGGUGGAACCCUAGUCAGGCCCUCCAUAACGACAAAUGAGAUUGACAAAGCUGUGCAUCAAAUGAUCAUUGAUGCUGGUGCUUACCCUUCUCCAUUAGGGUAUGGGGGUUUCCCUAAGAGUGUAUGCACAUCAGUUAAUGAGUGUAUGUGUCAUGGAAUACCAGAUUCACGCCAGUUACAGGAUGGUGAUAUAAUAAACAUAGAUGUGACAGUCUACUUAAAUGGUUAUCAUGGAGAUACAUCCAAGACAUUUUUAUGUGGCAACGUAAGUAAUGCAAUGCAACGACUCGUAAAGGUAACAGAAGAAUGCAUGUAUAAGGGCAUUGAUGCUUGUCAGGAUGGUGCUCUAUUCAGAAAAAUAGGGAAAAAGAUCAGUGAUCAUGCUCAAAGAUUUGGCUUCAGCGUAGUGGACCGAUUUGUUGGACACGGCAUUGGGACUGUUUUCCAUUCUGAACCUCUGAUAUAUCACCACCGUAAUGACAAGGGUGGUCGAAUGGUUGAAGGGCAAACAUUUACCAUUGAACCCAUUCUUACAUUGGGAACGACGGAUUGCAUAACGUGGGAAGACAACUGGACUACUCUAACUGCUGAUGGUAGCCCUGCAGCCCAAUUUGAGCAUACCAUUCUUAUAACAAAAACUGGUGCCGAGAUUUUGACAAAAUACGAAGAGGUGAUGGAAAGUGCAGUGGACAAACUGUGACUAGAAUUGCUGGAUGAACUUCUUGCCACCCAGCAGCAAGAAAACAGCUACUCCGACAACCUUUUACGGUACAUAACUGCCUUACAGCAAAUGAGAUAAAAAUAGUGAUGGUUCUUGAUUGUUGUCUGGAAAAACCCCAUGCUACAGAGUGUUUAUCAUCUACAUAAGGGUAUUAAAAGAACACUAGGCUUUGCCUCUCAUCUUUAAGAAACAAGUGGGUGCAUUUCCUGGGUUUCUUGUCUUGCAAUGAAAAUGAUAAUUUAGUUUUAACCUUCAAAUUUCAUGUAUCUAAUAUUGCACUCACUUUGAUGAACUGUAAAGUGCAUUUCCAUUAAAACAGUAUUCAAUAGCAGUCAUGGAAUAGUACAUAUUUUUAAAAA